GAAGCGCUAUCCUGGGCUCCCAAAGUAAAGGGUGCUACCGUACAAAAAAAAGGAACAGAGUGCUAAAUCAGGGACAGUAAAAUGGAGUGGGCGGGAAAUUAGCCAAAACCCUUGUUUUUUAUUUGUUCUCCCACUGCCCUCACUCUUCUUCUCUCAUUGAUUCACAGCUUUACACACUACACACACAAAUAAUGGGUAUAAAGGGUUUAACAAAGCUCUUGGCGGACAAUGCCCCAAAGGCCAUGAAGGAGCAGAAAUUCGAGAGCUAUUUUGGCCGUAAAAUCGCUAUCGACGCCAGCAUGAGCAUUUAUCAGUUCCUCAUUGUUGUGGGAAGAAUUGGGACCGAGAUGCUGACCAAUGAGGCUGGUGAAGUUACUAGUCAUCUGCAAGGCAUGUUUACGCGCACCAUAAGACUUCUGGAAGCUGGAAUAAAGCCGGUCUAUGUUUUUGAUGGGAAGCCUCCAGAUCUGAAAAAACAAGAGCUGGCAAAACGUUACUCGAAAAGGGCCGAUGCUAGCCAGGAUUUGGCAGAAGCCAUGGAGACUGGGAAUAAGGAAGAUAUUGAGAAAUUCAGUAAACGUACAGUGAAGGUGACAAAGCAGCACAAUGAGGACUGCAAAAGACUGUUAAGACUCAUGGGAGUGCCUGUAAUUGAGGCUCCUUCAGAAGCAGAGGCACAAUGUGCUGCACUUUGCAAAUCAGGAAAGGUUUAUGCUGUGGCUUCAGAAGACAUGGACUCCCUAACAUUUGGAGCUCCCAGGUUCCUUCGCCAUUUGAUGGAUCCUAGCUCAAGAAAAGUCCCAGUAAUGGAAUUUGAAGUUGCAAAGACCUUGGAGGAACUAAAUCUUACUAUGGAUCAAUUCAUUGAUUUAUGCAUUCUGUCUGGAUGUGAUUACUGCGACAGCAUUCGAGGAAUUGGAGGGCAGACUGCUUUGAAGCUCAUCCGUCAACAUGGCUCUAUUGAGAAUAUACUGGAGAACAUAAACAAAGAGAGGUUCCAUAUACCAGAUGAUUGGCCAUAUCAAGAGGCUCGGCAGCUUUUUAAAGAACCAGUAGUCUAUACUGAUGAAGAGCAACUUGAGAUUAAGUGGACUGCCCCAGAUGAAGAAGGACUGAUUACCUUCCUUGUGAAUGAAAAUGGAUUCAACAGUGAAAGAGUGACAAAGGCAAUAGAAAAAAUUAAAGCAGCCAAGAACAAGUCAUCUCAGGGCCGAUUAGAGUCAUUUUUUAAGCCAGUUGCUAACCCACCUGCACCUAUUAAACGAAAGGAAAGCAAAUGCGUGCUUAGAUCUCCCAGACCAGCAAUUGGGCAUAAGAUGUUUUCUCUUCAUGCAUCUAGGUCCGGGCUCAUGGUCCAUGCCAGCUUGAGCUUGCCAAUCCUGGCCCUAGGUGUCAAGAACUCCACAUCAUUAUUCAGAGGUGUCAUCUUCAGAGCAUGAAGCUCAAAACCCUGGAAACACCAGAGAAUGCUGGUAAAGAAACUACUGACAAAAAGUCAAAGUCUGGUGGUAGUAAGAAGAGGAAGUAGUUGACUUAGCAUAUCUAUCUCAAUGUAGACUGAUGGAACCAGCCGAAUUCUGAUUAGGUUGGAAUUUUGAACUCAACGAUGUAUCCUCCAAUUUAAUGGUGCAGUGCAGUUAUUUAUUUGUUAUUUUCAUCCACACUUGACAAGAUUUUUACUUCUAGCCAACAUGUAGUGGAAUCGUGUAAACUACCUUAGAAUUUAUUGAGAAGAGAAAACCUGACACCAUUAUCAAAAUAUACCCAAAUAUUGAUUUAUAAUAAAUAGAUUUUGGGCGACUGGUUGGUACCAGCGAAGUAGGCUUCUGAAA